AUUAAAUGCUUAAAUAGAAAACAAGCAACCCAAACAGUAUUAUAUUGAUUAAUUUAGAUAAGGUUACUGGAUACAAGGUUGAAAGUCAAAUUAAACCUAAGAUGAUCAUAAAUGAAACCAAAUAAUUAGGACAUACAGAAUCUGAUUAACAAGAUUUUUUAAUGGCUAGCAAAUAAAAUCCUAGUUAAAUAGUUACACCUAAUAAAAUAAAGAAAAAGAAAAAGAAAAAAAGUAAGAAAUCUUUAUAGAAAUCUAAAACUGAAAUACAAAAAAGUGGAUAUAAAACAAAAAAGUCUAUUUCUUAAGUAUUUCCUUGGGGUGUGAAUUAAUAGCGACUUCGCAAUUACAUUUUAGCUGAAUAAUAGAAAUAUUAUAAUGCUAUAUAACGUCGAAAUACAAGAACAACUGUAGAUCUUAAAGAAAGAAGAGAAUAAAUGGGUACAUCAUUUUUAAACUAAUUUGCAGAAAAGAAUCUUAAAUCAAUAAUUAAAAGUAAUAUGAUUUAUUAAGCUAGAGAAAAAGUCUAUUCAUGAGGAUAAUCCAUCUAAAUAAAAAUUAAAAAUACCAUCUACUUUGUAAUAAUAGUACAAAUAGUUAGUAAAGAAACCUAAAAAUUUUAAUAUCUUACCUAAUAGACUAAAGAUAAGUACAAUUCAUUAUCCUAGUCCUUCUUAGAAAAUAUAAAGAAGAAACAGAAGUCUCUCUUAAGGUUAGCAUAAUAAACCUGUUUAAAAUAAUAGAAUUAGAACAGGUUCUCUCCAUGAAAAGACUAAUUCUUUAUUUGAAGCAACUGCUUAGAAAUUGAAAUUCAAAAAAUAAUAGAAAUAAAAAAAGAUAGUUAUAUAAUAUUAAAAUAUAGAUGAGAAUUUUACUAAUAUGAAUCAAAGAGCAUUUAAUUCUUAAAAAAAUGAAUCAAAACCUUAAUCAUCUCUUUAUAAAUUAAUGAGUCAUUCUAGUAGUAAUAAUAUUCCUAAUGACAGUGAUGAUGAAUAAAAUAUUUAAGAUUUAGAUGAUAGUUUUUACAGUUAAAAAAAUAUUCUAGAUACUCAUUCAGAAGAAGAAAAGGAUGUUAAAAUUAAGGAAUAAAAUAUAUUUUAAAUGAGAAAAUGUUCAAUACCUGAUAUUAAUAAUGAUGAAAAUUAUUUUAAGAAAGAUAAUAGUAAGAAGAUUACUUUAUCUUAGAAUAUUUUUUCUGUUGAAAAUUAAGCUGCUAUUAUUAUUCAAAAAAUGUGGAAAGGUUAUAAGAUUAGAUAAAUGAGUUUUAAAUCUAAAUUUUAGGAAAAGAAAAACCAUAAAACUAAAGAUGGAUUAAAUUUGAAAAGUUUAACCAAAUCUUAAAUAAAUAAAUUAAUAAAAUUUGGCUUUAUUAAGAAAGAUUCAAUAGAUAAUUCUUAAAUUGUAGAUGAAUCUAGUUUCUUAAGCCAUUCAAGACCUAAUUCUUAGAUGGAUAAUUAAAAAGAUCUAAAAAGGUAGACAGAACCUAAUUAAUAUUAAAAAUUUAUUGAAAAUUUUUAAGAUGAUAUAGAUUGUUAAUCUAACAAAAAUAACUAAUAGAAUUAAGUUUCAAAUAAAUUUAAAUAGAUAUAAUUGUAAAUUAUAUCUGAUCAUACUCCUAAAAAAUUUAAGAUAUCAAAUUAAAAUUCUUAAGAUGAAUAAAUUUAAUCAUAGGGAAAUUAAAAAUCUAGAAAAGCUAGUAAAUUAUCAAUUGAUGUAGAAGAGUAAGAAGAAGAGAAUAAAGUUGAUAUUGGAGAAAUUAGAUGUGCAUUUGGUUCAGAAUCAUUAUUGAAAAGUCUUUCAUAAGAAUAAGAAGGAGAAUAAUCAUUUUAAUAAGAUAAAGGAUUAUUUGAAUAAACAUCAUUUUAAGAUUUUGUUAUGAAUAAAUUUAAAGAACUUAUGUAAAGAGAUAAGAUGGAUUAAUUAAUUGCUUUAAGAGAAGAAGCAGUUUAAUAAAGAUAAUAAUAAACUUUAUAAUAAAUUGAUAAAGCUUUUUAAAACAAUUAAAUAUCUCCUAGAACAUUUGAAAUUUAAUAAAAAAAGAUAGAAAAAUGGGUAAAUAAAUAAAAAACAGAUUUAGAAUAAAAAAAGAGAGAGAUUUUAAAGGGAUAAUAAAGUGUAUUUGAUGCAAUUGUUAAAACAUAAAGAGACUUGCAAUUUGUAAGAUAAAUGGUUUCUUAAUAAAAUUCAUAAACAUUAAUAAAAAUAGUGGAUUCAUUAAGUUAAGAAUCUGCAAAUUACUCUGAAAAUUCUUUAAAGAGUUCAAUAAUAGAUAUUUAAAUAUCAAAUUCUUAGAUGUUAUAAUAAUCUUAGUAAGAAGAUAGGAAUAAGAUAUAUGAAGAUAUAGUUACAAUAUAAAGAAAGAGUAAUAACAUAUUAGAGGAAAAAGAAUUAAUUUGUCCAGAGCCUUUUAAUCUAAAAAAAUUGGCAUAAUCUUAAUUCGUAAGAAAUGUUGAACAAUUGAAAGAGCCAUAAAAGAUAUCUGAGAAAUGUGCUGAUUCAUAUUCUAUAUUGAUUUCAAAUAUGUUAAUAUAAGAUGAGGUAAGUUCAUUUUAUACAGAAAUGUAAAGAAAUGGAAUUGAUUUAUUUGAAAUAAUAAGCAAUUCAUAAUUAAAUCGUAGGAAUUAGAUUGCUUAACCAAAAGAACAAAAAAUAUAGGGUCUAAAAACUAAUGUUGCCUAAAUAAAAACAUAUCUUAAAAAUUUAGAAGAAUAUUUGAUAGGUAAAAAUAUAAAAAUUGUUUAUUAGAUAAUUUAAUGAUAUAAAUUUAGAGAAUAAUAAAUGUUCCAUUAGGUCCAUCAUCUAAAUUAAUGUUAAAGUUUCUUUAACCAAUUAGAGAUUCUACAGAUUCAGAAUUUGAUUCAAAUGGAACAUCUCAUUAAAUCAUUCUUAAUGUAGAAUUAUUUGGUAAAUUUGAAAGAUUCUUAAUGGAAUAAAGAAUAAUAAAUCAUCAAAAUAAAUUAAUUAUUGAAUUAGAACAUAUUCAUAAUAAAGCUAUAUUUGAUUCUUUAAAUGAAGCAUUGAAUCAAUUUAGACCAUAUGGUUUAAAUGGAUAACCAUUUUUAUGGAAAUCUGAUCCAACUAGAUUGAAAGCAAGGGAAAACUUAUUAACAGAUGUUCCUGGAAUUAUUAGAAAAGCAGCAGAAAAAGUUAUUGAUUGGAGUCAUUAUAUGGCAGGAAUAUUAGUUGAUAAAGAGGAUUCUCCAUUUCCAAAAACUAUGUAAUUAGAUUAAGAAACUAUAGCACAAAUAAGGGAAGAUAGACUUUAUAGAAUGUUAACUUUAGAUGUAUAAAUUAAAUAUUUUUAAUUUAUAGAUUAUUGAUAAUGAAGAUAGAUGGACUAAUUAUGAUGAAGAAACUACUGAAAUCUCUAUUGAUCUAUCAGAUCUUCUAUUUGAUUAUCUUAUAGAAGAAGUAGCAUUUGAGAUGUAUUAAAAAUGA